CGUGCCGCGCCGCGGUGCGGCGAGGGCGGCCCAGCCCCUUCCUGCCCGUGUGAGGGGAGCUGGGGAGGUGCUUCCCGGCGGCGGGUGCUGGGUUUGGCUCCAGCCUCGGCAGGUACCUGUCUGUUGCAGACACUCACAGCUGUCAGAAGGUGGCUCCAAAUCACACUUCUAUUUAGGAAAUUGCUGUAUACAACUCUACCUCAGCUUUUUAAUAAGCAGACAUGGCUGUCACGCUGCAUACUGACGUAGGAGAUAUUAAAAUUGAACUAUUCUGUGAGCGUACACCAAAGACUUGCGAAAAUUUCCUGGCUCUUUGUGCUAGUAACUACUACAAUGGAUGCAUAUUUCACCGGAAUAUAAAGGGCUUCAUGGUUCAGACAGGGGAUCCAUUAGGUACUGGGAAAGGAGGUAACAGCAUCUGGGGCAAGAAGUUUGAAGAUGAAUUCAGUGAAUACCUAAAGCACAGUGUCCGUGGGGUGGUUUCAAUGGCAAACAAUGGUCCGAAUACCAAUGGAUCGCAAUUCUUCAUCACUUACGGCAAGCAACCGCACCUAGACAUGAAGUACACUGUGUUUGGAAAUUGCAGAAUCAGCAGAACAGCAUAUGCAGUCCCUGCUGGCCCACAAUCCAGCAUCCUAAAUUCAAAGAGUUGAUGAACGUGACUGAAUUGAACUGUGAACAGCGCAACGUGUUUUCUGCCAAGCCCAUUACUGGGGAAUAAACUGCCAAGAUUUACCAGAGCUAGUUAUUUAAACAAAAAAGUAAAAGGUAAGAACAAUCUCUCUUGCCACUUCUUCAGUCUGAACAGGAAAUCUGAAAGCCUAAACUUACUUGUGCCAUUAGAUUUACACAGUUACUAAUGAUUCUGUCCAAUCUUGUCUUUCAGUCAGAAGGUUAGAAAUUACAGUCUCACAUUUAGAAAUUGAUUUUUCCAGCCAUAGGAUUUCAGUAAUUCACAGUGAAGUUUGGUAUGGCCAGUACCUUGCUGCUACUUAAACCUAUACUAUGAUUGGUCAGUCCUGCCUGCCAGGAAGUGCAGCCAAGGUCUUUAUACAGCUAUGAUGGGUAUAAAAUAUGAUACUGUCAGGUCAGUGGGAAUUAUUUGUACUUUUUGUCAGAAUCUGUCAUGGAUGCUUAAUAUUUCCUUUCAAAAUAUGUUAUAUGCCCUAUGUAGUGUUUUGGCUGUCUUAUUUGUAUCAUUUGCUUGCAAAGUCCUUGCCCUAUGAUACUUAACUGUAAAGUGCUCUGAGAUAUCUCAGUUGUGAAAUUUAAAUCGUUAUGAGAAGGAGAUUCCUAGCACUUCUGCUUUUCUUCCAGAGUUAUUGAUGGCUUGGAGACCCUGGAUGAGCUGGAGAAGCUGCCUGUGAAUGAGAAAACCU